AUGAACACGUUAACGGCCACAGUGCCCAUUCGGGCCGCCUGCUUCCCAAAAUCACAAUUGCACAUUGUCCUGCGAGGAUACACGAGUGUUGUUGCUACAGCGGGGUUACGACGGGGGAGUCCCUUGUAUGCCACGACACAUCGCCAUCAGACGGACGCCAAACGGUUUAUCUCGACCACUCCGCAAUCGAAAAUCAAAGAAUUCUUCCCCCCUCCCGAUGCGCCUCAUAUCAAAGAGAUGGAAACCGCAUGGGUCCAUCCUGUCUACACCGAAGAACAGAUGCAGCAAGUCACAGUCGCCCAUCGACAAGCAAAGGACUGGCCCGACUGGGUCGCUCUGGGCACGGUGCGGUUGCUGCGAUGGGGUAUGGAUUUGGUCACUGGAUACCGCCAUGCCCCGGCAGGCAAGGAGAACGAAACUAAGUUCCAAAUGACCGAACAGAAAUGGCUCACCCGGUUCAUCUUCCUGGAAAGCGUCGCGGGAGUGCCUGGUAUGGUGGGAGGGAUGUUGAGACAUUUGAGGAGUCUGCGACGGAUGAAGCGGGAUAAUGGAUGGAUUGAGACCCUAUUGGAAGAGGCAUAUAAUGAGCGGAUGCAUUUGCUCACCUUCCUCAAGCUUGCGGAGCCGGGAUGGUUCAUGCGCCUCAUGGUUCUCGGGGCCCAAGGGGUGUUCUUCAACGGCUUUUUCAUUUCCUAUCUCCUAUCCCCCCGGAUCUGCCAUCGAUUCGUCGGGUAUCUGGAAGAGGAAGCCGUCCUCACCUAUUCGCGAGCGAUCAAAGACAUCGAGAGCGGCAAGUUGCCCGAAUGGGAGAAACUGGAAGCCCCCGAGAUUGCUGUGCAAUACUGGAAAAUGCCCGAGGGACAGCGCAGUAUGAAGGACCUCCUCCUGUACGUCCGAGCAGACGAGGCCAAACACCGAGAGGUAAACCACACAUUGGGCAACUUGCACCAAGGGGCAGAUCCCAAUCCAUAUGCUGCCAAGUAUAAAGACCCGACCAAGCCUCAUCCCGGGAAAGGGAUUGAAAAUUUGAAAGCCACGGGGUGGGAGCGAGACGAGGUGAUCUAG